AUGGAUUAAUAGGAAUCAGCAAGAUCGAUCAACAUAAGUUAAAGUUCAAUUGAUUAUUAGUAUAGGUUCUUCACGUUAUUCAGAUAAAUUCUAACCUUAAUUAAUUUAAAUGAACGCUCAUCAUAUUCAAAAGAAUAAAUUGGAUAGUUAGGAUUUCAGUCCUGUUUAUGAGAGAUCAAAUGAUGAAAUGGCACAUGAUAAAUAGAUGAGAUAAACUAGAGCUAAUCUAAAAAAAUCAUCAAAUUAUUAUGUAAAUCAAUUAGUAUAUUUAUAUAAGACAGCAUCAUAAUUUCCAUAAGAUAGAAUACAAAAUACAAGAGGAAGCAAAUUUAUUUAAUUAAUUAAAUAGAAGAAUCAAUUAAAAAAGUUUAAGGAUAAAUUAUUUCAAAAUGCUCAUAUAUAUCCUCGUCAUCCAAAUGAAUAAUUAACUAAUUUUUUAGAAGAGUAAUACAUACACAAAAAUUAACAUCAUCAAAAAAAUUCAUAACAAGAAGUUAGAUUUGAUUAGGUAAAUAUGGAAUUACAAAAGAGUAUAGACAAUGUUUAAUAAUAUCAAAAAAUUCCAAUAAUAAAUCCAACAGGUAAAUUUUAUAUGUUUUGGCAAUUUUUAAGACUUAUUUAAAUAAUGUUCUUAUUAUGGUGGGUACCAUUUAAGAUAUCAUUUGAUCCACCUAAAACUUCUGCUAUGAAUUAAAUUGAAAAUUUGCUUAUCUAUUUAUUUGGUGUUGAUUUAUUGAUAAAAUUGAAUAGAGGAAUGAUAGAUCAAGGAUAAAUAGUUUAUGAUAGAUUAAAGAUUAUAAAACACUACAUUAUAUAUGAAUUAUAUGAAGAUGCUAUCUAUUUAAUUACAUUAACAUUUGUUAUUGGAAGUGAUCCUAUUACAAUAUAUUUCUUUCCUGAAAUUAUUGUGUUAAUUUAAUUUACUUUAAAUUUCAUUAAACUCAAAAAAACUAUUAAUAAAUAUGGAGAAAUGUUUGCAAUUUAAUCAAAUUUUACUGAAUUUGUUAGUCUGUCUCAAUUAAUUAUUUUAAUCUUUUAUUUUGCUCAUUUUAUGGCCUGUAUUUGGUAUUAUGUUGGUAACAUGAGUUAAUCUUCCUUCACAAAUUCAUGGAUUCAACAAUAAAAUUUAUAAAAUUCAGAAGUAUUUCAUAAAUAUGGCUAUUCAUUUUAUUGGGCAACUGCUACAAUGGUAACUGUUGGAUAUGGUGAUGUCACUCCAUAAAAUAUUUAUGAAGUUUUGUGUACAAUAAUUAUGAUAUUUUUUGCAAGUGUAGUAUUUGCAUUUUCAAUAAAUGCAAUUGGAGUUAUAUUUUCAAAUAUUGAUUUACAAAAAUAAUCUUAUAAGAGAAAUCUUAUGUUAAUUAAUCAAUAUAUGAAUUCAAAUGAAGUUUCUUUAUAAUUGUAAAGUAGAGUUAGAAACUAUUUAAAAUAUUAUUAUGAAUAAUAAGUGAAAGGAAAUAAAUAAGAAAUUAAUUCAAUUAUAGAGAAAUUAUCUUAUAAUUUAAAAUAAGAAUUAUUGGAAGAUGUUUAAAUUAGAGCAAUUAAUUGUGUUGAAUUUUUUAUUAAGAAUUUUCAAACAUCCACUAUUCAUCAAAUUGCUUGCAGAAUGAGUAUUCAAUAAUAUACUCCAAGAGAAAUAAUAUUUUAAUCAAAUUCUAUAGAUGAAAAUUCAAUAUAUAUAAUCCAAAAAGGAGAAAUUAAUCUUAUUGAUAAUAAAACUAAUAAAAUUAUAUAGAAAUGUUCAAAAGGUUAAUGUUUUGGAGAAUUUGAAUUUCUUACUUCUUAUAAGAGAUAAACAAAAGCUAUAAGUACAACUUUUAGUUCCAUUUAUAGAAUGAGUAGAGAAACCUUUCUUGAUAUCAUAGCUGAAAAUUCUAUAGACUUUUAAAAGUAUUGUGAAAUGAGAGAUAAGAUUUUAUUUAAUUAUUAAGAUUUAUCGAUUAAAUGUGCUGCUUGUUAAGGAGAUCAUCUAAUUAAUAAUUGUCAUUAUAUUACUUAUAAACCUGAUACAGAAUUUCUAAUUAAAAAAUAAUUAUUCAAUUCUAAUCAAGAAAGAUCUUCAUUUAAUCGAAAAAAUCUGAGAUUUUAAAGAAUCUUUAAUAAUCAUGAAGAUCAUGAUCCUCCAAAUAAAAUUCAACAUUAAGAUGAAUAAAGUAUUUCUUAAGAUUCUGGAAAUAGAUAAAAUUCUAGUGUUCUUGAAAGUGAACAUUAAAAUAUUUUACUAAAUGAUGAAACUACCUAACAUAUUAAAAAACGAAUUUCUUUAUGGGUUACUAAUCCAGAAUAACCAUUAAUAAUGGAGGAAAAAAGUAUUUAAAAUUAAUUAAAGUAGAAUCUAUCUAAAAAUCUAAUCGACAUAAUAGUGAUAGUCCAACAACUAAAUAAUAUAAAAAAUCUUUAUAUAAUUCAUCAUAGGAUCAAUCUAAAAGACAUAUUACUAAUUAAUAUCUUUAAAUUAGUGAUUAAUAAUAAUAAAUACAUUAAUAAGUAAUGAAUUCAUCUAAUAAUUCUUAAACAAAAAGUAAUCAUUAAUUUAAUCAAUUGGAACAUAUAUAAUCAUUCCAUUCAUUUAAUUUUGAAUUAGAUAAAAUGGAAACAUUUCAAAUAUACUUCCCACAUAAUAAUAUAUUAAAUGUUCUUAAUUCUUACUAAUAGUAAUAGAAAUUACAAAAAUUCUACAAAAUAAACAUAUCUUCUAAUAAAUAUAGAUUUAUAUUUAUUUAAAAAUAACCAUUGCCAAAUGCUUUCAAAAAAUCAUUAUAUCGCGUUAAUAGCUAAAAUUGA